UUCAGUGUUUAUUGUUUGACGAUGGGAAACGAGAAGUAUGCCUGGAUUCAUAUUGUUGCACUGCUGUGUCUUUGUGAACGGUCUGCUUCGCAAUUAUCUUACUCCAUUUCCGAGGAGGUGAACAAAGGCACCGUGGUGGGGAAUAUUGCAAAGGAUGUGAACGUGAAUGUACAGGAACUAGAGACCAGGGAUCUACGUAUUGUUUCGAGUUACAGUAAGAGAUAUUUUGACGUGAAUUUGCGGACCGGGAAUAUCUUUGUUAACGAGAGGAUAAACAGAGAAGAGCUGUGUCCUAACACGGCACAAUGCACCCUCAAAAUACAGGCUGUUUUAAGCAAUCCAAUGAAUGUACACCGCAUUGAGGUCAGUGUUUUAGACAUAAAUGAUAACUCGCCAGAAUUCCUUGAACAGUCGUAUUCGUUAAACAUCUCCGAGUCGAUGUCACCGGGGGAGAGAUAUCUUCUCCCAAUAGCAGUGGAUGCGGACAUAGGCAGCAACUCGGUGAAGACUUACAAGCUGAGCCAAAAUGAACAUUUCUCUCUUGAUUUACAGAGCAGCGGAGAUCACGGUGUGUCUGCUGAGUUAGUGCUGCAGAAAGCUUUAGAUCGAGAGAAACAGCCCGUUAUUACACUCGUGCUGACCGCUGUAGAUGGAGGAAAACCUGCUAGAUCAGGGUCAUUGCAAAUAAAUGUUAAUGUUUUAGAUGUGAAUGAUAAUACACCAAUAUUCAGCAAAUCGCUCUAUAAAGUGCGUGUGCGUGAAAACACACCAUACGGAACAGUGGUAAUAAAGCUAAAUGCAACAGAUUUAGACGAGGGAAUGAACAGUAAGAUAAUGUAUUCAUUGAUCAAACGAGGAAAUAUUGAUCCAUCAAAUAUGUUUGAUCUAAAUGCAGAAACAGGAGAAAUCACUGUGAAGGGUACAUUAGAUUACGAAGAGACGCCUGCUUAUGAAGUCAGAGUUCAAGCUAUGGAUCAAGGCAAUUUUCCUCGUAGUGCACAUGCUAAACUUCUGAUAGAGAUAAUUGAUGUGAAUGACAAUGCCCCAGUAAUAUCGGUGACGUCACUCAUGACCCCGGUAAAAGAAGACGCAGAACUGGGGACAAUAGUUGCUUUGGUUACAGUGAGUGAUAAAGAUGGAGGAAACAACGGUGUAACUAACUGUAAGGUAAUUGGGUCUGUUCCGUUUAAACUGAAGUCCAACUAUAAAAAUGACUAUUCAUUAGUAGUAGAUGGACCACUGGACAGAGAAAACACGUCUCUUUACAAUAUCACCGUUACAGCCACAGAUGAAGGAAAUCCGCCUCUGUCCAGUUUCAGGGUCAUUACUGUUCACGUUUCUGAUGUUAAUGAUAACGCACCUCGAUUUAUGGAGCCUUUGAUUAAUGUUUAUGUGAAAGAAAACAGUCCAAUCGGCUCUGUUAUUUAUACAAUAAAUGCAUUUGAUCCUGAUACGGACACUAAUGCAAAGCUGGCUUACACAUUGUUAGAUAGUUAUCCAAAAAAUAUUCCAAUAACUUCAGUUUUAAACAUUAACUCAGAGACUGGAGAUAUAGUCAGCCUGCAGUCUUUUAACUACGAGGAGUUAAAGACGUUCCAGUUUAAAGUUCAGGCCACAGACUCUGGUGUUCCUCCGCUCAGCAGCAACGUGACUGUGAACGUUUGUAUCCUGGAUGAGAAUGACAACAGUCCCGCGAUCCUCGCGCCCUAUUCUGAGCACGGCUCCGUUAACAGUGAGAGCAUCCCCUAUUCUGCUGAAGCGGGAUACUUUGUGGCAAAGAUCAGGGCUGUAGACGCAGACUCUGGAUACAACGCGCUGCUUUCUUAUCACCUGUCUGAGCCCAAAGGAAACAACCUCUUCCGGAUCGGAACCAGCACCGGGGAGAUCAGGACUAAGAGGAGGAUGAGUGACAAUGACCUGAAAACUCACCCCUUGGUGGUGCUGGUUUCUGAUAACGGAGAGCCCUCCCUGUCAUCUACUGUGUCUAUUGAUGUGGUGGUGGUUGAAAGCACAGCUGACAUCCAGACUCAGUUCAGACAUGUGCCCAUAAAGGAGGAGAGCUUCUCUGAUUUGAACCUGUAUCUGCUGAUCGCCAUUGUGUCGGUGUCAGUGAUCUUUCUGCUGAGCCUCAUCAGUUUAAUAGCUGUGAAAUGCCACAGGACAGACGGCAGUUUCAGCAGGUACAGCGCCCCAAUGAUCACCACCCACCCUGACGGGAGCUGGUCUUACUCUAAAGCUACUCAGCAGUAUGACGUGUGUUUCAGCUCCGACACACUGAAGAGUGACGUAGUGGUUUUCCCCGCACCGUUUCCGCCUGUAGAUGCGGAGCUGAUCAGUAUAAACGGAGGAGACACUUUCACCAGAACUCAGACUUUACCUAACAAAGACAAGGUAGGAUAUAUUUUGUAA